AUGGCUGCCCUCAGCAGUGCCUCCAGUUUGUCUCGAAGAUUAAGUAAUUUUCGYCUCUCGUAUUCUGUUUUAAGAURCGUAGCUACAAAUUCUAAUUUAUCUGAAAAUCAGGCUCAUAGUACAGAUUCUGGAACUGGUUUGGCAAAGCAAAGGGAUCCUUUAGCUGUUCUGAAGGCACUGUCAAGAACUGUAAAACCGACACCACUUGCACCUCCUAAAGAGUUCUUUGAAGAUUUGAUUUUAUAUCCAAAGUCAUUACAAAAAAAGAAAGAGUGUAAAGCAGCCCAGGAAUCAGGAUUCAAAGCAGCAGAGUUUGUUUUACAGAAAUAUCCACAAUUGUUYCCGAUGAGAAAUCCUGAGCCUGCAUGGGAACAAGUGGAAGAAAGUGGGGUUUUGCAGUCAGAAGCCGAUCUCAAAGCUGUUAUUUCAGAGAUGAAUCCACAAGAUGCAAUUAAAGGUUAUGAAAAGCUUAUAAGUGAAGGAGUGGCAGUUUCCCUUGAAACAAAGAAUGAGCUACUAGACCUUGUUGGCUAUUAUGGAACUGUCGCUGCAGACGAUUUGGAAAGUCAUUUAAAUGACAGUGAAACUACUUCUUCAAGUGACUCCUCUUCAAGUGACUCAGAUGAGAACACCUCCCUUGACGAUCCAUCAUUAUUAUCAGAAGAAGAAGAGGAGUCUACAGCUGCUACUAAGCACAAAAACACAUGGAGGAUGAAUAAUUAUGCUGAAAAGCUAUUUUCAAGUAUGAAAGAGAAAAAUGCCAGAACUUAUGAUGCAAUGAUAUUAGCACUGCUCAAGCAUAAUUAUCCGGAAAGAGCCUUUGACUUUUUCAAAGAGAUGAGAGAAGAGAACUUCCAAGCGUCCAUAAUUACCUACAAUGCAUUGCUAAAGAAGAUUCCUAGAGUACGUGGCAAAUAUGUCAAUAUAUGGAAGAAAGUAAAGGAAAUCAUUGGUCACAUGAAGACAGAUCCUGUAGUUCUACCAACACUUGGAACCUACCAUGUUCUGUUGAAGUUAUGUGUUUUGAUGCCUAAUGGUUCUGAGACAUCAUUGGAAAUCUUUAGAGAUAUGAAGCACAAGGGGAUUGAACCUACACUUGGAACAUACAAUCUUCUACUGAGGGCAGGUUAUUACUGGAAAAUGUACCGUAAAAGUGAUGAAGACCAAGAUGUUGCAUCAUUACCAAAUAACGGUCUUUUACAAGCUGUCAUCAGUCAGUUGGAAUGUUAUGAUAAACUACCACGUCUACAAGAUGUCACAGAUGUUGGAUUUUUCAACACAGCCAUUGGAGCGGCCAUGAGUUGUAAAGACCACAAUGCUGCUCAUCGUCUGUAUGCUCUGGCAGAGGUUAACGACACAGCAUUUUUGGGAGAAAAGAGAGGAAUAUUUUAUGGAUCUUUUCUGGCUAUUUUAGCCCAAUCAGAAUUAAGUGCUGAAGUAGUUUACCACACAUACAAAGAAAUCGUACCAGCUAAAGUUGUUCCUUAUACCUGGGUAUACGCUGAGCUGUUCAAAAUGGUAGCAAGAGAGCUGAAGCCGAGACUUGUGCCUAAAUUAUACCAAGACAUGAAGAAAUUCAGAGUUCCUAUCAGUGAAACAGUAUGCAAAGGGAUUUUCGCAUCCCUUCAUAAAAGAACAUCGGCAAAGAAUUACAGGCAGUAUGUGGAAAUCUUGGAAGAUGUCUUUUUUUGGAUGAAGAAAUUUAAUAUACCGGUCCAUGCCUAUAUGAUCAGCGCAUUGAUAAAACAGUAUUGUGCUGGAGGCCAUCUUAAACAAGCUUGGAAUGUUCUAAAGAUGUAUGAUGAACACAAUUUCGUUCCACUCUACACAGCAUUGCUGUCGUUACUUCAUUGCUGUGGAAUGAAUAGAGACAUAAAGGGAUCUGUGAGAGUGUUUGAGUUGAUCGCUAAAUAUGGCUACAGCUUCCCUAUAAGAAGAAAAAAUAAUUUCUUUGAUAAUGUACAAAUGCCUUUACACGAAAGAACGUACAUAAACGACAUACUUAAAGAUGCUGUAGAACGAGACGAACGAGGUGAUAUCGGCCCGGUCGCCAAGAGAAAUCAGUGAUACCAAAAUACAACGAUGAUUAAGACAAGCAAAUAAACCUGGCAUCUUUAAUCGCAUUCAAACCCUUUUGGGCUUCGGCGCAAGCCCACGUGGAGCGGCUAGGAACGCCUGGUUAUGCAGGCUUCACUCCAUUACAAAGCACCUGGAUGUCUUACAAAUCUCUACGGUAUCGCGUGAAAAUAACUUAUCAAAAAUCCAGAUUUCUUUCGAAUGACUUUCUAUACCUUGAUGCAAAAAUAAGAAAACACAUUUAAAUCUCUAAUAAUUAUAAACCAAAUGCCUUGCUUAAAUAUAGUAAAAUAGACUGCUUUUAAUUGAAAGCACAAACACGCAUUCGGUGAAAAAAGUGUGACGCUUCAAGCAACGUUAGUGUACUGAUAGAGCGGAUUUCGUAUGAGUGGGAAACGGACGGUACUGUACUGUGACCGUAAUCGCACUGUAACCAAAUUCUAGUGCCCCAUAGGUUCACCAAAAUUGUGAAGGCCAGGUCCGGUAACCGUGCGGUAAUGGUGUCCCACUCAUACGAAAUCCGCUCUAGAGACGGAAAAACCAAUGGAGAAGUCGUACAUCGAAAAUAGAUUGGUCUUUACUAUGAAUGUGUUUUGUCUUUUAAUAGGUUACCUGUGCCAUCCUGAAAGGUAGCCGUGCCUUUGCAUUGAAGCAAGACGACCGUUGAGCAUGCAAUGAUAGAAACCUUCUUUCACAGGUAUCUAUCAUUACACGCUCAACGGUUGUCUCGCUUCGAUGCGAAGGCAAGGGUACCUUUCAAGAUGGUGCAGGGAACCGCGAAGAAGACUAUUCUAUGGAAUGUUGCAUAAUUAAUAUUCACAACAGCUUAUUAAUAUUUCUUCAACAAUGUCAAUGAAAUUCAUUUUUUGAAACUUGUCUUCUCGACGCCGCACUCAACUCAAGUAAUUUCAUUGUGCACUGUUAUUAUAGUCGAACCUCUAUAAAGCGGUCACCCUCUAUUGAAAGGUCACUUAUUUAAGUGCCGAAAUGUUUGUACCUCAUGUUUACUGUAAACUUUAACCCCAUUAAGCGGUCACUUUGCUAAGUCCGCUUACUAGAGGUUCGACUGUUUAUUGAUACAGUGUUAUAAACAAAGUUUUAAUGUUUGGAUAUAUUUUAUUGUCCAAUGUACAUAAUGUACAAUCAGAUUUGGAAAGCCAAGUAACAAUUAUGAUAUACAACUAUUAUACAGACAUCUAUAAUAUAGAGGAUUACAUGGGCGCGCGGAGAUAUAGAGGAUAUAACAUGGGCGCGCGGAGAUACGGAUUUUAUCUUCGAGUUUUGAAAAGAUCUCUCACGAGUGAGUAUAGCGAACGAUUUUUAACACGAGAAGAUAAAAUUCGUAUCUGCAAGCAACUAUGCAAUAUUCUCUUUAUCAUAUAAUUAAAUAUGAAAGCAAAUUAUGUUGUAAAACACCUUUUUUCUUAUUUCCACUAUAUAAAGAAACUUCGAUUGUGUUAGUGAUCAUAACAACUUAACGAAAUGGAGAAAUAUAGGUAUUUCAUAGAUUAUUAUAUGAUAAACAUCAUUUCACCGAAUGUAGUUUAUAAAUAUACCUGGAAUACAGUAUUUUCAUCAGAAAAACUCCUGGGUUAUAGGAUAUACUGAUCAUUUUAAUGUGCAUAUUAAGAGUAUUAAUUGGUUUUUAUSACUAUUGGCAAAUUCAGAAUUUCCGAAAAUCCAUUAUUGCACAUAUUAACCAUGUUUUAUGGUAUUCCCGUAAAGGGUUUCAAAAUUAAUUGACUGGAAAAUAAAACGAUAUUUACAAUA